CGGCGCGGCUCAAUGGGGCGCUGUGGGAAGGUCGGCCCAGAGCACCCUGGCUUGUGAAGUGUUACCCGGUUAAACUGGAAUCGAAACAGGACAUCGCCAGCCUCUCCUGGUCCUCAAAAGGGCUCGCCUGCUGACUCUGCCCUCUCAGGAAAGAUGGGAAAGGGCUACAAGGUGGUGGUUUGUGGAAUGGCCUCGGUGGGAAAGACUGCGAUUUUGGAGCAGCUUCUCUACGGAAAGCAUACUGUUGGCUUAGAAGAGGGUGCCACAAUGGAAGAUGUGUAUUUGGCAUCGGUGGAGACAGACCGAGGUGUGAAGGAACAGUUACGACUUUAUGACACCAGGGGUCUGCAGGAGGGUGUAGAAUUGCCAAAACACUAUUUCUCUGUUGUUGACGGCUUCGUUCUUGUGUAUGCCGUGACCAGCCUCGAAGCUUUCCAAAGAGUCGAACUGCUCAAAAAGGAAAUUGAUGUCUUUAGAGACAAAAAGGAGGUAACAGUAAUUGUCUUGGGAAACAAAACUGACCUCCUGGACCAAAGGCAAGUGGAAACAGAAGCAGCACAGCAAUGGGCAAGGGCUGAGAAAGUGAGACUGUGGGAAGUGACAGUGACAGAUCGGAAAACACUGCUUGAGCCUUUUACCUUCUUAGCUAGCAAACUCUCCCAGUCCCAGAACAAAUCAACAUUUCCCUUGCCUGGAAGGAAGAGCAAAGGCAAUAACUGUGAUAACUAGGCUACCUUAGCAU